AUGUUAGCAGGAGAAAAUGAAGUAAAUGUGUCAAAAGUAGAUCAAUCGAAAUCGGACAAAUCCGAUAUUUUGCUAGAGUUAAAAGAGCAACGUGAUGUAGUUAUCGAAAAGCUGAGUAGGUUUAUAAAUUUCAUUAAACGAGCCAACGAAUCCGAUUUAUUAGAAUUAGAAUCACGUCUAGACCACGUAUCGAGUAUUUUCAACCAUUUCGAACAAGUUCAGUCACGAAUAGAAUCGCUAGAAAAGUGUACAACUAAUUCAGAAUAUCGUGAAACAUUCGAAAACAGCUUCUUCAAAGCACAAGCCAGCGCUAAAAAUAAAAUUGUAGAGUUUCACAGCAACAUACAAGCCAGAAUAACAGCUAGUCAUAAUGUAGCUAGUCAAAAUAAUUUGUUCAACAAUAGUGUUACUGGCCGACUUAGGGGUGAGGAAGAAAAAUUAAUUCAGCAACUUGAGUUGACAGAUGAGAAUUAUUUAGUAGCUUUACGUAUAUUGCGAGAACGAUUUGAAAACAAAAAAAUUAUUAUAGACAAACAUGUAGAAGAAUUAUUUAACAUGCCAGUAAUUACUAAGGAAUCACCUCCGUUUUUAAGAAAUUUAAUUGACACAUUCAAACAACUAAUUACUUCACUAAAAGCUCUAGGUGAACCAACUGAUUCGUGGGAUCGCCUAUUAAUUCAACUAUUAAAAAUUAAACUAGACGCACGCACUAGGGAACGUUGGCAUGAACAUUUACAUUUACAAAAUAAAAGAGAACCUCCACCAUUGUCAGAAUUUCUCGACUUUUUAGUAAAUCGUUGUGAAUAUUUAGAAAGCAAAGAAAAAACUGAUAAUCAGCAAACCAUGUUAAAAUCUAACUAUUAUAAUCACACGCACAAAAAUGCAAAUAACAGUAUACAAAAUAUAAAAAAUUCCUUAAGUUACCAAGUUCAACGCGACAAAACGAGGUCAGAUUCUUGCACUCGUGGAACCUGCAAGGUUUGUCAAAAGAAACAUAACACACUAAUUCAUCGAGACAAUAUUCAACAUCAUGAUACACAAAACCAACUAGCUAAACAUGACAACAUUCAAACACAAAAUCACAGCAAUCCUUCAUUAGCCACAAACACACAUUUGGCAAUUGAAAAUAAACAAAACACAGCCGCACCUCGAGAAACUAUCCAACUCUCAUCAAUCACACAUCAUCUAAAUAAUAAAAAACAAAAUGUUCUUCUUAGUACAGCGGCUGUAUUCCUCAAAGACAAAUCAGGCAAUUUAACCAAAGCACGUGCAUUGUUAGACUCGGGUUCUCAAUCAAAUCUAAUAACCUCUGACCUUGCGCGAAAAUUAAAUAUCGGUACCAAAAUAAACUUACCAGUGAUCGGUGUUAAUCAGGUUACUACUAAUAUCACAGAGCAAUUAAAUAUUGAUAUAAUUUCAAGAGAAAACAAUUCUUUUCAACAAAAUGCUACAUUUUUAGUUAUAAACCAAAUAGCGGGUAAUAUUCCAAACUUCAAAAUCGAUUGUCAACAUUUAAAUAUACCGAAACACAUUACUCUUGCGGAUCCUGAAUUCGAUAAAUCCGCCAAACUGGAUAUUCUCUUAGGCGCAGAUGUCUUUUGGGAUAUUUUAGCGGAUGGGCAAUUUAAGCUCGGCGACGGUAAACCGAUACUUCAGAAAACAUUAUUUGGAUGGGUCAUAUCGGGACCCAUAUAUCAAAAUUGUUCAAUUCAAAAUAACAGUAGUAUUACCAUAUCAUGUAAUUUAAUCACAACUACGCUUGAAAACGCAAUUGAGAAAUUUUGGAAAAUCGAGGAAUACCAAGACGAUAACAAAACCAAACGGACGAUCGAAGAAAAACAAUGCGAAGAACAUUUCCUAAAAACAAUUCAGCGGACCGAAACUGGCAGAUUUCGUGCAACGUUGCCAGUUCGCGAAGGUGUAGGCGAUUUGGGGAAUUCGAAGAUGAAUGCGAUUAAAAGGUUUCACAAAUUAGAAAGUAAACUGAUCAAUGACACAGUCAUACGUCAACAAUAUUCGGAGUUCAUGAGGGAAUAUGACAAACUCGGGCACAUGACCAAGGUGCCGACGUGGGCAACGGAAGUGGAUGGAAAGGGAGUUUUUUACCUACCACAUCAUGGUGUCGUGAAGGAUAGGCAACCACUAAACUACGAGUGGUGGUGCAUCCGCCAAAACAGGAAACGGUAUUUCAUUGAAUGA